AUGCCUCGCUGAGUCACUGCACUAGGAAGAAAAGUAGUCGCAGAUUCCUCUUCUCCGUGGCAGUAGUCCUCUUCUCCAAAGGAAGUAUCACUGGACACUGGCCAUGGUGCUACCACUGGAGCAAGCGGCGGCGGCCGCUGUGUUGAACAACGUCAUGGGGAGGCUCUUCGAAGCUCUCGGCUUGGGGCAGGCAUACAAGAUGCUGAAGGAUCUCGAGCCGGAGAGCGAGUCCCUGCUGCAGGACCUCCGCAUGCUCGCCGCCGCCGUGGACGACGAGCUCACCGGCUCGAGGGGCGCCCGCCGCACUGCCGUCGCGCGGGCCUACAGCAGGGAGAUGCGCGCCCUGACGCACGACGUCGAGGACUGCAUCGAGCGGUUCGUGCACCGCGUCACCCGCGACGGGGUGGAGGGCGCGUCGUGGCUCCGCCGCGCCGCGCACAGGGCGUGCGCGCUCCGCACCUGCUACCGGUUCGCGGCGGAGAUCAAGAGGCUCAAGAAGCGCGUGCAGGAGGCGAGCGCCCGGGUGCUCAGGCCUCCCGAGGGCCAGCUCCCCGGCGCCAGGCGGCGCACCGCCGACCACGCCGCGCGCCGCCCCGUGGGCAUAGGCAAGCCGAUGGAGGAGCUCCUCGCGCUCUUGGACCUGGACCAAGAGAAGGGCCAGCCGAGGGUUAUCGCCGUCGUCGGAUUUGGCGGCGUGGGGAAAACUACUCUCGCCAGGGCAGUCUAUCACGCCGCCCCUGUCGCCGAUGCAUUCCCUUGUCGCGCUUGGGUCGCCGUGCGCUCGCCGGAGGACGGCGAUGUCGCCGGGAUUCUGGAGAAUAUACACCAGCUGCUUCUCCCGGGGCAGCAAUAUUCCGAAUCUUCGCUCACCAAAUACCUCAAGGAUAAGAGGUAUUUGAUUGUUAUUGAUGAUGUCGACGACAUCGAGGAGGAGCAGUGGGAUAUUAUAACAUCAGCCUUUGAAGAAAAUAGAGAAGGCAGCAGAAUUGUAGUGACUACAACCUUUCGGGCCACAGCUAAUAGACGCAGCAAUGCUAACGGUUGUGUGUACAAAAUGAGAACUCUUGGAAUGAGAGAUUCUAUGAAAAUUGCUCUUGGCGGAAGAUGUACAGCUGAGUUGAUGCAGGGUUCAGAAACACUCCUGAAGAAAUGUGGCGGCCUUCCACUUGCUCUUGUCAGUGUGGCCAGACAGUUGAGUGGUGAAGAUGAACCUACAGGGCAAUUCUGCUCAGAAUUAUGCAGCAAGCUGGGUUCUUAUCUUGAACGAGAAGAUGGUGAGCCCAACUUCGCAAGGCUCCGUGAUGUGCUUAUGGAUAGUUACACCAGUCUGUCUGACCUCACUGUCAGGACCUGUUUGCUAUAUCUUGGUAUAUUCCCUAAUGACCGUCCUCUCAGGAAGAAUGUCAUAAUCAGGCGGUGGCUAGCUGAAGGAUAUGCACGAAGCGAAGACAUUACAUUGAGUGAGCAGAGUGUUGCAAAUGGAAAUUUUAAGACCCUCAUCGACCGGAAUAUAGUCCUGCCUGUCAAAACAAGAAAAAAUGCGGAAGUUAAGAUGUGUAAAACCCAUGGCAUCAUGCAUGAGUUCCUGCUGCACAGGGCCAUGUGUGAGAAAUUCAUCUUGUGCUCUCACACUCCAAGUGACCAAAUAGUCCGUCACCUCUUCGUCCAUGAUGAUGUCAAUGAUACACAGUCCAAAAUGACCUUCAAGACGGACUUAUCUCGCGUACGGUCUCUGACAGUCCGUGGGAAUGCAGGUGUUGCUAUUUCUGAUUUUGGCAGGUAUAAACUAAUGAGAGUCUUGGAUCUCGAAGAAUGCACUGAUGUGAAUGAUAGGCAUGUAAGGAAAAUAUGCAAGCUGUGGAAUCUGAGAUACCUGAGCCUCAGUCGCAAUGUUACAAAUCUUCCUAAGGAAAUUGCAAAACUCAAAUUGUUAGAGACACUCGUUCUGAGUAAAACGGUGGUAAAUGUGCUGCCAGUUGAAGUCAUUGGGAUUCCUUGUUUAACUAAUCUAAUUGGAAAGUUUAAGCUUUCAGAUCAAGACUGCACAUCAAAUAGUAAUAUGGAGAGACUGUCUAAAAAUGAAGGACUUGAGGACCUGUUUAGAAAAAGCAAACUGGAGACCUUAGCAGGAUUUGUUGGCGAUGGGAGUCACAUGCAAGGAUUUCUGCAACUCAUGGUCCAUAUGAAGAACCUGAAAAAGGUGAAGAUAUGGUGCGAGUCCGCUGCAGACAUUGAAGGCAAUGACCACUUGAAUGCUGAACUGGUAAAGGCCAUUCGGCAGUACAUCAAAACUCCCAUGGGUGCUGGAGAUGUUCGUUCCCUGUCAAUUGAUUUUCAAGGAGUGCCUGGAGGAUCACUGAAUGCACUGCAAGAACUGUGUCGUCAUAGCACAUCUUUACAGGAAACAUAUUAUCUCAGUUCACUGAAACUGCAUGGCAACCUAUCAACAUAUCCUGAGUUUGUUGGCAUAUUUUCAAGACUCACUGAAUUGUGCCUUUCAUGUGCCACUGUUUCUACGGAUCUUUUGUUUGCGAUUAGUGCAAUGCCAUUCUUGCUUUACCUCAAACUGAUUGUUGAUGAGAUUGAUGGUUUCGUCAUUAAAGGUGGGACGUACCAAAGCCUGAGACGUCUGUGUUUUCUUGUGCGACAUCAGAACCCUGUCCUCCCUGAAAUCGAAGAAGGAGCUCUGCCAGAACUUGUCUCCCUCCAGCUGCUAUGUGAACAUCUAGCUGGUCCUUCAGGCAUCAAAAUUAGACACCUAAGAAUGCUUCAGGAGAUCGAACUUCAUCCUGAAAUCAGUGAGCCAGCAAGACAAGAAUGGGAAGAAGCAGCACGGAACCAUCCUAACAGGCCGAUUGUUUUGCCUUUCGUAACUGUUAACGAUCUGGUGGAAAAUGAUAAUGAAAAGAACCCAGUUGCCUCACCAGAGGAAUCAAGGCAUGAGGGUGGUGAGGCACCCAGACCUUCUUGUGUACAACAUAUGCCUCUUUCCACUUGUAACAAUUCUGGACUCAGCAGUGAAAUGGAUGAUGCUGUACACCAUGAUCCCAGGGAGAGUCCAGUUGAGACAGAGGAAACAACUCCCGAGAGUGUCAUUGAUGAGCAACUGCUGACGGAGGAGCCAUUGAAACACACGCCUGUGCAGACUAGACAUGAAAAUAGUACAGUCCAACCAAGAACAAAUGGCAUACUAGGCUCUAUUUCUGAUCAUUCAGGACUUAAUAGUCCAAGGGAUGAUUCGAGGAACAGCAAGCCACUGGGGAAAUAUGUUGCUCUGGAGGAACCAACAUAUGAGAAUGGAAUCCAGGGAUGUCCAGCCGAGGAGGCAAUAAGAUACUCUCUUGUGCUGACUGAUCAAACAGUAAAGUAUACUUCAAGGGGACCUCUCAAUAUAGCAACAACACCAUUCAAUUCCACACAAACAAGAAUAUGAAUGAUCUGAGGAUGGAGCGGGUGCUUCUCCUUGCACAGGAAGAAGCUAUUCUCUGGAGGCUGGCAGGUGCCAAAGGCAUUAGUGAUCUGGUCGCUGCUCGACCUGAGGGUUAGCAACGUCCGUUGGUGAGGGGUGGUCGACCUUUAAAUUUUAACGGGCGCGUAUGUAACCUAGAACCUAUGAGGUGUGUGUAGUAUUGGUGUGUGUGGUGUUGUAUGGUUAUAUGAGCCUUGUAUCUCCUUUCUUAAUACAAUGAUACGCAGCUCUCCUGCGUAUUCCGAAAAAAAAAAGAUCUUUGUAUGUAAUGGCAAGACCUUUUAAAGGUAAUAAUGGAAACACCUAUUGGCUUGUAUUUACUGAGAAAGCCAAGUA